AUGCCGCUCGACUUCAAGGAGGUGGAACCUGACCCCAAGGCAAAAGAGAACAGCCAAAAAGCAAAAUUGGCAAACUUAGCGGAACGCAAAGGAAAAGGUCCUACUCCGCUGCACCUGGACAGCCAGGUUAUCCCAACCCUUGUCAGGAAGAUCGGUGACUGGAAGACUGGCCGCAUCUCUCAGGCCAUGUGUGAGGCUUACUUGGAUCGCCACACGUUGGUUUUUGAUCGGGAGCUGCUCACCAAAAUGUUUACGGAGGCGGACUACCAGAAGGAAGGCUCCUUGGACACACGCGCGCUCACCAUUGCCAUCUCCGGCCGCUUCCCCAAGCGAGAGCACACCAACGACUGGCGCGCGCUUGCAGCGUUGCUGCUGGGGCUGCCAGAGCUGGUGCUGGUGGAGGAUCUAGAGGCGGCCAUGAUGCGAGCCAGUGCAGAGCGCCCUAGCCGCGGCACCUUCAACGGCACAAGCAUCUGGUGCAGCCCACCACCACCGCUGCCGCCUGUACGACGGCCCACAGCCAGCGGCCGGGCAUCGUCGGCGGGACGAGGCAAGGAGCCGUCGGGGGAAUGGAACGACACAAUGAGUCGGACAGCAGCGGCGGCAGCGAUUGCGGGGGCGGCGGCGGCGGCGGCCAGCACCGUCCCUGGCGGCCUGGGUGCGACGAUGCGUUCUGGCAGCGCCGGCGGCGCGUUGGACGUGGCGGGUGCACUGGCCGGCGGCGGCGUCGGCUCCACCACUGCCGCCUCCGUCAAUGGAGUGGUGGGUACAACCGGCGGCUUGAAGCAGGUGACUCAGAUCCCUGAUGAGGAACGCCUGAAUGCAGCCCUCAUGGGCACCAGUGGAGGCGGCGCCCGCUCCACCUUUGGAACGCUGCGUGACUUCAACGAGUUUGCGAGGGGUCUCGAGGUGGCGCCGCAGCUCGCCACCGACGCACGUCCCGCCUCCUCCGGAGCCGCCGCGGGCCCGGGCCCCGGCAGCGUAGCCGACUCACAGCGCCUCACUGCGGCGAGGCUGGGGUCUCCCAAGGAUACGGUGCGGGUGUGGGCGGCCCCGCUGCCUCCUUCCGCCAUCUCCCUGCCGGCUUCCGCGCUGCGGACGUUGCGGGAAUCAGUGCGCAGUACCGCCUCAAGUAAGCCUGAAUUCGCCCGGGCUUUUAAGCCACUGGACUCGCAUGAACUUGACCUGAAAAAGACGCUGGGCAAGGAUAUGGACAUGGAAAAAAGCCUGUCACGUGUGGAACCCGUGCGGGACACCAGCGUACUGCCGCGCGCGGACUACGUGGCGUGGUGCGACUACGCGGCCCAGUGCCGUACAUCACCGUCGGGGUGGUACAGCGCGCACCCGGUGGCAGCGAUGCAGGACACGGGGGAGCACAAGUACCCGUGGUGCUGA